GUAAAUUUACAGACCAAGUGGCAUCCAUACUGUCGCCACCGCUGAAGUCAGGAGUAUAGGUUGUCCAAAAAAAAAGGCGAGCCGAUGACAGAGCAACAAGCAGACGCGAGGUCUUACCUCAGCGAGGAAAUGAUCGCUGAGUUCAAGGCCGCGUUUGACAUGUUUGAUGCUGAUGGUGGUGGUGACAUCAGCACCAGGGAAUUGGGUCAAGUAAUGAGAAUCCUGGGUCAGAACCCAACCAGGGAAGAGUUGGAUGCCAUCAUUGAGGAAGUGGAUGAAGAUGGAAGCGGCACCAUUGACUUUGAAGAGUUCUUGGUGAUGAUGGUGAGGCAGAUGAAAGAGGAGGCAAAAGGAAAAUCUGAAGAAGAGUUGGCAGAAGUCUUUCGUGUAUUUGAUUUCAAUGCUGACGGUUUCAUCGAUCGUGAUGAGCUGAUUGAGGUCCUCAAGGGUGCUGGGGAGCAUGUUUCAGAGGAAGAAAUUGAUGAACUUAUAAGGGAGGGGGACAAGAACAAUGAUGGCAAACUUGACUUUGAUGAAUGGGUGAAGAUGAUGGAGAAUGUCCAAUAAAUGACCAACAUUCCUCAGCAACCCAUUACCCUCUCCUUUCUGAAAGAAACAUCUUGCACCUCUCCAAUACAAAAUCAAUCACUCCUAUUGUCUUAAGGCUCGGUCCCGCUUCCAAGAUCAGCAAGCAUAAAUCAUUCAACAAUUUAAUGAGUAGUGUGUUGUUGCUCUCCGUCUGUAGCCAACUGAUCAGACAUCUGAAAUAUACAUGCUGAUUGCAAAGAACUCAAAAUCUGUUCGACAGGACUAGACUAGAAGCAGAGAGCUUCGUAGCUGCGACAGUUCUCUGUUUGUGAGGAAGAAGCGACCUCCCAUGAAACUCUUAAUGAUUUUGUUACCAGCAUAGAACACAGCACAAUUCAUUCAAAACCCUUUCCUAAUAAAGUUAAUGUCAUCUUUUUCA